AUGAGACCAUCAAGUGCAUCUGGAUGUUAAUCAAGAGAAUAAGAGAAAAGUAAUAAAGAAUAAAACAAAUCAUCCAAGUAUUUAUAUAAAUAAAUAUAUAUUUAUAGUCCUUAUAAAUUACCAAUAGGAAUUAAAUCUAAUAAGCCAAGUGGUUCUACACAGAAAAUGGAUUGGGAAAAGUUAUAUGAAGAGAGUCAUUAAUUAAAAUUGAUAGUGAACUAAUUAAGAGAUGAGAAUAUUAAAUUAAAGACUAAAAAUGUUAAUUUAGAAGUAAAACUAUAUUAAUUAUUGUUCAAAGAAAGAUUUAGUCAAAUGUACAAAUAUUAUUGAAGAAAUGGAAUAGACAGGAAAUAUGAAAAGAUUUUAUUAAACUCCAACAUAAGAUAAUUAAAUGAUAUUAAACUUAAAAAAUUAAGUCAAAUAAUUAAAUGAACAAUUAAAUGAUUCAAAAUAAGAACUAUAAAAUAUGAAAAAGACAUCUAAAUAUACAAAACUUACAGAAUUAGAAAUUGAAUGUAAAUAAUAUUAAGAUGAAACUAUACGACUAUCAUAAAUUAUAGAAUAAUUAAUAACUGAUAAUAUUUAUUAAAAGUAAUUUGAAAAUGAAUAAAAUAAAUUUAAAGAAAUGUUAAUGUAGAGAGAAUAAUUAAUUAAAUAAAUGUAAUAAGAAUUAGAAUAUUAUAUGGAAGAAAAUAAAGCAUUAUCAGAAAAAUUAUAAUAAAUGGUUUAAGCAUAUUAAGAACUUGAUAAAAUUUAUAAUAAAUAUUAAAAUGAAGCUAAAAACAAACUUAAAAUUAAAGAUAAAUAAAUUUUAGAUCUUAAAAAUGAUAUUGAUAGAAUUUCAUUAAACACUAAAUAAACUAAAUAAAUUACUAUUAAAAAACCUAAUCCAUAAAAAUUUAUGGAUAAAUCACUUAAUAGUACUACCAAAAGAGAUCAAUCAUUUAAAAUUAAUAAUAAUACUAAUAACAGUACUAAUAAUAAUAAUAUAUUGAGUUAAAGUGUAAAUAGAUCUGUAAUGGAUUUAAUUGAUGAACCUGUUAAAUUAAAUGAUCUAUCAGAAAUAAGUAUCUAUUAUUUAAUAUAAUUUAGGAUUGGAAUUAAGACUAAGAUUAAGUUCAGCAUAAAUACCAAUAGUCAAAUUAGAUCGUCAUUUAUUUAAUUAGACUUCUAUUUCUAUUGAUUUUAGUUCAUUACAUGAUAGAUUAUCUAAAUAACCAUUUCUUCUAGAUAAACCAGAUGCUAUGUUACUUGCUAGAUAUUUAAUAGAAAAACAUAAUCAAUAAUAUCCUUAUAAUAUCAAUAUCAAUUUAACUUAAUAGAAUGAAAUUGUCAAAUCAGAAUUUAUGAAUAUAAUAGGUUUCUGGCCUAUUUAUGAUAAAAUUGAAUCCAAAAUUUUAGAAAUUUCUAUUUCGAAAUUAUUUAUUAACAUUAUAUAAAUGUUAGAAUAAAAACUUAAUGGUUAAAAUUUCAAAUAUUUUGAUUUAUUCUCUUUAUUGGAUUCAUUUUUAAAACAACAAAAAUAAUAGAGUCUUUAAUAAAUUGAAUAUUAAUAUCUUCUUUUAAAAGUACAUUAUAUAAUUAUUCAGUUAGGUAAUUAAAGAUUGUCAAAAUAUUAGAAAAUUAAAUGGAUCUUUAAUUCUUAAAUAUUUAAAAGAAAUUUGUGAUUCUAAUGAUAACGAAGAUGAAAAUGCUCUUGAAGAAUUAUUAAAAUAUUAUAGAGGAUAAUAAAAACGAAAUUGUUUCUUCUUUAAGUAACUAAGAUUAAAAUAAGAAUAAAUCUUAUAUUUAUUUGAAGUUGAAUAAAAGGUCUAUGAUCCUUAAAUAGAAUAAGGAAUAGAUAAAUCAUCUUAAACUUAUUUAAUGAAACAUGGAUUAAUUAGAAGUUAUUCUGAACCUAAUUUUUAUGAAUUAUAAUUACUUUAAGAGGAUGAAGAUGAAGAAGAUGGGGAAUAAUUAUAUUAGGAAGUUUUUCAUAAUUAAUUGAAAGGAAAACAAUCAUAAGAUGAUGAUGAAGAUGAAGAUAAAUAUUAUGUUGAAGAUAAUGAUAUGAAUGAUGAUGAUUAUUAAUUAGAUUAAAAUUCUAAUGAUUAGAAUGAUGAUUAUUCAGAAAGUGAACCUAAAUAUUAAAUCAAAAAUAGAACUAAUAAAUCAGAAAAUUAUGAUGAAGAUGAAUUUGAAAAUGAAUUAGAAAAUUGA